CACCUCUCUCUGCAUUGUCACAGCCCUGUAUCACCACUCUUAAAAGGCUAUCGCAGCCACUCCAAGCACCAGUUGCUGACCAGUCUGCCGCCUCGCCUCCCUGCCUGCUUCUGGCUGCCGUGAAUGCCUGGUUCUUCAAGCUCCUUUUGGGUCUGACAAAGCAGGGACCAUGUCUACCUUCGGCUACAGGAGAGGACUUAGCAAAUAUGAAUCCAUCGAUGAGGACGAACUUCUUGCUUCCCUAUCAGCUGAGGAGCUGAAGGAGCUAGAGAGGGAGCUGGAAGACAUUGAACCUGAUCGCAACCUUCCCGUGGGGCUAAGACAAAAGAGUCUGACCGAGAAAACCCCCACGGGGACAUUCAGCAGAGAGGCACUGAUGGCCUAUUGGGAGAAGGAGUCCCAAAAACUCCUGGAGAAGGAGAGGCUGGGGGAGUGUGGAAAGGUUGCAGAAGAAGACAAAGAGGAGAGUGAGGAAGAGCUCAUCUUUACUGAAAGUAACAGUGAGGUUUCUGAGGAUGUGUACACUGAAGAGGAACAGGAGGAGGAGGAAGAGGAGGAGGAAGAGGAGGAAGAGGAAGAGGAAGACAGCCACGAAGAGGAAAGUGCAAUCGAAGACGAGAAAGAAAUUAAUGGAAAUGUAAAUUGUGACAGUGUCAACUCCGACAACUCCAGGCCAAAGACAUUUACAAGUCAAAUAGAAAACAUAAACUUGACCAAUGGCCACAGUGGAAGGAACACAGAGUCUCCGGCUGCCAUUCACCGUUCUGGGAACCCUACGGUGAUUGAGGAUGCCUUAGAGAAGAUUAAGAACAACGACCCGGACACCACAGAAGUCAACUUGAACAAUAUCGAGAACAUCACAUCGCAGACCCUCGCACGCUUCGCCGAGGCCCUCAAGGACAACACGGUGGUGAAGACCUUCAGCCUGGCCAACACACACGCCGACGACAGCGCGGCCCUGGCCAUCGCCGAAAUGCUCAAAGUCAACGAGCAUAUCACCAAUGUCAACAUCGAGUCCAACUUCGUCACGGGCAAGGGCAUCCUCGCCAUCAUGCGAGCUCUGCAGCACAACACGGUGCUCACGGAGCUGCGCUUCCACAACCAGAGGCACAUCAUGGGCAGCCAGGUAGAGAUGGAGAUCGUCAAGCUGCUGAAGGAGAACACCACGCUGCUGAGGCUGGGCUACCACUUCGAGCUCCCGGGACCCAGAAUGAGCAUGACGAGCCUCUUGACACGAAAUAUGGAUAAACAGAGGCAGAAGCGGAUGCAGGAGCAAAAGCAGCAAGAGGGGUAUGAUGGAGGAUCCAAUCUUAGGACCAAAGUCUGGCAAAGAGGAACGCCUGGCUCCUCACCUUAUGCAUCUCCCAGGCAGUCUCCCUGGUCAUCCCCCAAAGUCCCCAAGAAAGUCCAAAAUGCAAGGAGCCGCCCCACCUCUCCUCCUCCUCCUCCUCCUCCUCCGCCCCCGCCCCCUGCGCAAAGGCUGCCACCCCCGCCACCUCCACCACCUCCACUUCCACAGAAUAAGCUCAUCACCCGAAACAUCGCAGAGGUCAUCAAACAGCAGGAGAGCGCCCAGCUGGCGUUACAAAAUGGACAGAAAAAGAAAAAAGGGAAAAAGGUUAAGAAACAGCCAAACAAUAUCCUAAAGGAAAUAAAAAAUUCCCUGAGGUCAGUGCAAGAGAAGAAAACGGAAGACAGCUCCAGGCCUUCCACCCCGCAGCGCUCAGCCCACGACAACCUCAUGGAAGCCAUUCGGGGGAGCAGCCUGAGACAGCUGAGGCGGGUGGAACUUCCGGAUGCUCUGCGAUAAAAACCAGUCUUUAGAAGAGGAUGCAGAAUUACUCAUUGGUAUUAAGUAAAGCGCAUUGUGAGAUGUUUCUAAAAUACCUUCUUCAAUUUGCAAUGUUCUCUGACUUUAAAAAUAGCCUCACCCAUUAAUUCCAAAGAGAAUUUUAAGAAACAAUCAGCAUGUUUCUUCUGUAAAUAUGAAAAUAAACUUCUUUUUUAUGUAAUGAGAUUUGUAUUGGCUGGAAGCAGUUUAUUUAAAGAUAGUCUUCAUAUCUUUGGACAUGUUGAUAACUCUGAGCUGUAAUGAGUUAAUGAAAUGUGCUGUUAUUUUUGUAAUCCCAAUACAUUUGGAUUGAAGUUUUUUGUUUUUUAAACAAACUAAUAUUUUUUGUUAGUUGAUACAUUUUCAGGUGUGUAUGUAACAUUGUUAAAUAUUAAAAAUAUUACAUUCUCACCCAAAAAAGGGUUUGGGUCCUUAGCAUUUGCCUUUCUUUGUGUUUUCCAAGAAUAUUUGAUCAGAGCUCUUUCUAAAGGUCUGGAAACAAAAACUUUCUUUAAAGUCUUCUUGGCAGUGAGAUAAAAACUCAGGAAAGGCCCUGAAAUGAUCAUGAGCGUCCUGGAGGCACCAAUAUUAGACCCAGGAUAUCAGCUGACACCCUCACGUUCCCAUAAGGCUGAGAGGUCAGUGCGGUCAUCUAUAAAUAAAAUCAACCAUUUCUGGAAGAAGAAACAUUCACAGUUAGAAAGUUCUUUGGUAAACAGGAAAUAAGUGCUGGGGGCAUGCUUGGAAGGUAGGCCCCCUGAAUUCGGAGUUACCUUGUGGCUGGUGCUCAAGAUUCUUGCUUUGAGCUCUCCUGGGACAAGCCCUAGUACAGUGGGUCUCAGCCCUUUGUGCACCACACUCCUAGCGGUGAUGUCAACAGCCACAGCACACAUCCAGGGAGAAGGACACGUGUGUGCAGUCUUGGAGUAUCACUCCACCCUAGGCCCCUGUCACCCAAGAAAGAUCUGACUUCAGAUGAGACAGACCUGUCAGAGAUCACCUUCGUUCAGUCUAAUACUUCACUUCAGUUGAUAAAAGCUAUACAUCUCCUUUAAAGUCCCUUGUAGUGACCUCAACUGGCAAUGUUUCCCUUGUGUUCUUCAGGGUAGAACAGUGGUCUUGGUAAGCCCUCUGGGCCACCCAUUCAAUCAUUGUUUGCUUCAUACACAAAGCUUUGGACUACUUCAUUUAAAAUUACCUUCGAUUUUUACUAGAACAUUCUCUAAUAGUUCUUGAGUCUGUAUCUUUUAGUCUGUUUCUUUUGUUCUUCCAUUCUCUUAGUAAGAACAACUGAUCAUUUU